UCGAGUUUGAGAGCAAAAGAGAAAAAAGAGAACUACCUACAUUCAAACAGAAGAACAAAGAUGGCUUGCUGGUCUGCUGAGAAUGCAACAAAGGCUUACCUUAAAUCCUUGAAGCUGGGCCGAAAAGCCAAUGAGCCAGAUGUGGUUGAGUUUGUUUCAGCACUAGCUGCAGGCAACAAUGCACAACUAAUGGUUGUGGCGUGUUCCGGUGCAGCUGACUACACCACACUAGCCUUGGUUGCGGCAGCGCAGCAAACCGGAGGGCGUGUGGUGUGCAUUCUCCGCGGUAAUGAAGAGCUGCACAUGUCUGAGAAAGUCCUUGGCGUGACGAAUUUGCGUCACAUUGAUUUUGUGAUUGGGGAGGCCCAAAGUCUUGUGCUGAACUAUUACAAGGAGGCUGAUUUUGUGGUGAUUGAUUGCAACCUUGAGAACCAUGAGGGGAUACUAAGGGCGGUGCAAAUGGGGAAGAAGCAAAAUGGGGCGGUUGUUGUGGGGGCUAAUGCCUUUACCAAAGGGUCAUGGCGGUCCGGUGGGGCGAAAACUCAGCUGUUGCCUAUAGGGGGAGGAUUGCUAGUGACAAGAAUUGCAGCUAGUACUACUGAAAGGAGGAAGUCUCAAUGGGUUGUGAAGGUUGACAAAUGCACAGGUGAAGAGCAUGUUUUCAGGGUUAGGUUUCCUCAUGGGAAAGGGAUUCAAGCAUAGGCUUAGUUUACUUGCAUCAUCAAUUGGUUCUGUCAUGGAGAAGACUUAAUUUUGCUUUCUGAUCAUAAGAAAUUUAUGGAUCUUAGUAUUAGAUAUAAGUAGUAGUUUAUGGAUCUUAUGAUUCAGAUCAUGGAACUUCAUUGAAGUGUAUAUAGCAAAUGAAAUGUACAUGUAGCAGCUAAUAUAUAUAGUA